CCUGCCAAUCGCCGGUUACCCCACAUCUUUCUUCACACCGUGUAUCCGCUCGUCGGCCUGCUUACCCCCCCCCCGGGUAUCCCAGCAUCAGCAUGCUUUCCGACGACCUCGUUGAGGAUUGUCUCCAAAUCCUCCAAGACCAAGCUCUAGAUGAGGAAGAGCAGGUCGAGAAAAUCGAGGACUUUGUCCGCGAAAAGACCUCCUUAUCGGGUCCGCCCUUGGAGAAUGCCGUCCUCGAUGUUCUCUGGCGCCAUCGCAAUCGCACCUUGCCCGACUCCUCUCCUCCCCCUCCCCGCCACAUGGUCAUCCGUCGCUCGUCGCCUGCCCCCUGGCAGAUGGCUCGCUCGUCAACUCCGUUGUCCCCUCACUCGAACCUUUCGAACCUAGGGACGAGCCCCGGGAGUACCUCGUGGCUCCAGAGCUCGCGGGGGGCCUUUCCGCGACCACCGCUAUCGUCCACGGUAUCCCCCUUCACGUCGCCGCGCCCGUCACCCCGACUCGCGCUCGCACAACCUAUCCCCCACUCGCCCAAUCUGAACGCAUACGAAUUCUCCGAUCAAAGUCAAGUGUCCGAUUUCUACGGUGACUUGGGCAGCGAUAGCAAUGUGGACUGGCUGGUCGCGGACGACGCCAAUAGCGUGGCUUCGUCCGUAGGAACACCAAGCCUCUCGGGAGCACUGAGCGCUACGGCUGCCGAGUUUGUGCCUGACAUGAGUCCGCACGAUAUUCUACGCACCGUUCUGGGAGAUAAGAGGACAAAUGAGGAAAUCGAGACGGCUCUGGAAGCCAACAGCUAUGACUUGGGCGCGACCAUCGCGUCGCUGUCUCUGCCACGGGAUGGAGAUGCUAUCUUGCAACAAUCGGAACACGUCGUGGUCGGGAAAUCCAUGUCAAUGGAGCCACCGAAAGCUACUCUUUCUCCCGGUCACAGUCGCAGUCCGGUAGUCUGCAAGUACUGGCUAUCCACGGGCCAAUGCCUUCGGGCCGACUGUCGUUUCAGUCAUGACCUAACCAAUCAUCUUUGCAAGUAUUGGGUUAUGGGAAACUGCCUCGCCGGCGAUGGCUGCCCAUUUUCGCACGACCCUUCAACACUCGUUGCGAACCUCAGCGUGUCCGACGGCAGUCCCGGCGCGCUGUCGGUCGGCCCAACCUUUCAGAUGGAUAAUGCUUCCGAGGCAUUCCCUCCCUUACAGUCUAAUACGGGAGUCGGAGACCAAUGGGCUGGCCAAUAUAUCAGCAAGUACCCCGGUCACUUGUCGGCUUUUUCUGCCCACAAGAACGUCCCGCAGGCGAUGCAGUAUGUCGCCGGCAAACGGAAUGGAAGUAUGGGAAACUUGUCCCGGCCUCACUCGCGGCCAGGAAGUCGACACCAGCAUCGCGAUUUUAAUGCGACUGCCCCGUCGGUUGAUGACCCUGAUGCAUUCCCUACUCUUGCUGCAGUCAGCGCGAAAGGCUCGGGGAAGAAACAUCAUGGCAAACGGGAGGCGCAUAAUCGAGAAGGUACCCCGAGCAAGGAGAAUAUCCCCACAUCUCUUGCGGAUGUAGUCCGGAUGUCUCCAUCCCCGGUACCAGGGAAGGGAAAGAUUUCGUCUAAAAAUAAUAGAGACGCGACCAAGAGUCGCGAACACAGCGCAGCCGCUCAGGCGAUCUUGCCACCGCAGAAUAUUCCUUGGCUCGAGACUGGUUCUCGAGCGAAUCAACAGUAUAUAAAAUACCGGACCGAGGCUAUCCGCCAUGGUACAGUGAGGAACAAGUUUCUGCAGAGUGCUGCACAAGCCUGGAACCGAAAUGACGCGAGGGCAGCUAAAGCCCUGUCUCUCCGAGGCCAGGCAGAGAACGAAGCCAUGCGCAAGUGCCAUCGUGAAGCGGCACGGCAACUGUACGAAGAACGUAACAAACACAUUCUCAGCGCUGGUUUGGACGAUGCGGCGGAGGAGCUAUAUGUCGACUUGCACGGCUUGCAUCCCGAAGAGGCCAUUGAAUACUUGGAGAAGAUUCUCCUCAAGCAUUCCCGUGAAGGCCGACGGCUGGUGUAUGCCAUCACAGGGACUGGCCAUCACUCCAAAAAUGGCAAAGACAAAAUCGGAAAGGCCGUCAAGGCGUGGCUCAACGAGUGGAAAUACUUGUUCCGCGAGUUCAGCGUGCCUGGCGAGAGAGGCGGGUAUGUAGGCGGUAUCUUGGGGAUUGACCCCACCAGCUACGACAAGUCGCUGGCCAAGAGUCUGGAAGAAGAUGCCGAUGCAAAGGUCGAUGCAGAGGCCAAUAAUCAGCCCGUUCUCACCAUGGGCAAGAUCCAGCUAUUGAAGCGCGAAGACCUGGAGUCGAAGCAAUAAUUCAACAACACUAUCCUCUCAACCUUUCCUGUCCGCUCUUUAAUGGUCCAUUCACCAUUCAACACUUCAACUAGCGUACGGGUGCUGUAAUGCUACAACCGACUGGUUCUCGGGAAGCCGACAAUGGAUGCCAACUCGCCGACAGGUUAUUUCACCGGGUGUAAGGACGAGAUAGAUAGAUCUUUUACUUCAUUUUUUUCCAAGCAUAGCGAUCUAGCUUCCCUUCUAGCGGGCGAUUAGCUUCUCGCCUUU